CGAAAAAGGAGGACAAACAGUUUUUCUGCUGGCUUCAAAUAAAAAAACUUGCAUUCUCGUUUCUCGAUGACCCUCUAGUGACCUGCCGAAAGCACAAUUUUAAAUGCUGGACGAAACACUAGAGUAGAGAAAACAAGUUGCUCACUGCAGAUAAGAAAGCUCAAAGUGUAAUAAUACAUUUUCCGGGCGUGUUCAGUGAUAAGCUGUAUAAGAUGGUGCCAUAGCGAGGAGCAAGGUCUAGGACAUGAACGGUACUGCAGCUGCAGAGCAAACACGGGAAGAUUCCGGAACGGCCAUGGAAGCCGUUGAAACGGUAACGCUUAUAAGCGACGAUUCGGAUGUGGAAAUGACGGACAUUUCCGUAAAGCGUCCGAGCAAGUCCGAAUCCGACGAAGGACGGCGAACCAGCAGACGGAAAAAGGUAAAAGUAGGAUACGGUGAUAAUGGAGCGAAAACGAACACCACCGCCCGACCCGGCAGUGCCUGCGAGGGUGGCGAUCCUUCCGGUACCGGCGAUCGUAAGGGCGAUGGAACAAAGCCGGAUCCACCCACUCCGAAAUCGAAAAAGCGAGAAACGGAUGAAAAAUUGGCCACCGGACCAGACCCUAACCCGUACCAGGAACUGAUGACGGGAUUGGAAGGGGCCGCCUUUCAGUCAAGACUUCCGGUGGAUAAAAUGACCGCAUCGGAAGCCGUCUGCUUCCCACAGAUCAUCAAACACGGAUUGGUAACGCAGCGCAUGUUCCUGAACGUACGCAACCGCAUCCUGCAGAUGUGGAUCGAGGAACCGAAGGUGCAGCUGACGUUUGAGAACGCGCUGAAAAAGAUGGAAUCACCGUUCGAUAGUGAUCCGUCGCUAUUGCGGAUGGUGCACGCGUUUCUCGAGCGUCACGGUUUCAUCAAUUUCGGCAUCUUCGAACGCUUAAAACCGCUGCCGGUGAAGAAGCACGCCAAGGUGAUCGUAAUCGGGGCCGGAAUUUCGGGCCUGGCCGCCGCACGACAGUUGCAGCAGUUCGGGUUCGAUGUAAUCGUGCUGGAGGCGCGCGAUCGAGUCGGUGGUCGCAUUGCGACCUUCCGCAAGAAUGCUUACACGGCGGAUCUCGGUGCGAUGGUGGUGACCGGGAUCUGGGGCAACCCGCUGACGAUUUUGAGCAAACAAACCGGCAUGGAGAUGUGUCCGAUCAAGAGCACCUGUCCGCUGUACGGUGCCGGCGGAAAGCCCGUCCCGAAGCACAAGGACGACAUGGUGGAGCGGGAGUUUAACCGGCUGCUCGAAGCCACGAGCUACCUAUCCCAUCAGCUAGAUUUCAACUACGCUGGCAAUCAUCCGGUUUCGCUCGGACAGGCGCUCGAGUGGAUCAUCAAGCUGCAGGAGAAGCACGUGAAGGAGAAACAGGUCCAGCAUCUGGCCGGGAUCAUCGGAUGGCAGCAGAAGCUGCUAGCGAAUCAGCACCAGCUGGAGGAAACCCUAGCGAGGAUAAAGGAAUUGAAGAAGAAAAUGCAACAAUUGAUCGACACAAAGCCACCAAAACCACCACCAACGACCAAAGAGGGCGGCGGUGGAACUGGAGGAGCGUCACACGAUGCCUCAGGAGGUGACCCGACAGGAAGUGGGAAGUAUUACGAGCACGAGUUCCAGCUGCGGGUGACGGCACGCGAAGAGCAACUGGCCUGGAAGGAGGUGGAACGGUUACAAACGUACCAGACCGAGCUGGAGACGAAGGUGCGCGAGCUGGAACACGAGCAAGUGUCCGAGGUGUACCUUUCCUCCAAGGAUCGGCAGAUCCUGGACUGGCACUUUGCGAACCUGGAGUUUGCGAACGCGACUCCGCUCAGUAACCUUUCGCUGAAGCACUGGGACCAGGAUGAUGAUUUCGAGUUCAUCGGUAGCCACACGACCGUCAAGAACGGUUACUCCUGUGUACCGAUGGCGUUAACCGACAACUUGGACGUGCGAGUUAACACAGCCGUCACCUGCAUCCGGUAUCGGCCCGGCGGCGUUGAAGUGACAGCGGAUCUCAAAUCAAACAACUCUACCGUCUGCUAUCGGGCAGAUCUGGUCCUCUGUACGCUCACCCUCGGCAUACUGAAGCUUGCCAUCGCCGAAGAGUCGAAGCAGCUCAACACGGUUCGUUUCGAUCCGCCGCUGCCGGAGUGGAAGCAGUCCGCAAUCCAGCGGCUGGGCUUCGGCAACCUCAACAAGGUCGUGCUCUGCUUCGACCGAAUCUUCUGGGAUACGAACACGAACCUGUUCGGGCAUGUCGGCAGCACAACGGCCAGCCGUGGCGAGCUGUUCCUCUUCUGGAACAUCUCCCAGUCGCCGGUGCUGCUUGCUCUAGUCGCGGGUCAAUCGGCCGCCAUCAUGGAGAACGUAUCGGAUGACGUGAUCGUGGGCCGUUGCAUCGCCGUCCUGAAGGGCAUCUUCGGCAAUUCGGCCGUCCCGCAACCGAAGGAAACGGUCGUCACGCGGUGGCGGGCUGAUCCGUGGGCCCGCGGUUCCUACAGCUUCGUGUCGGUCGGUUCGUCUGGCAGUGACUACGAUCUGCUUGCUGCACCGGUCACACCGAAGGCACCGGAGGGAGAGACCCAGACGAAACCGGCACCACCCGUUCCGCAGCAACAUCCACAGCAGCGCCAUGACAAAAACGGUGAAAAGAAUGAGAAUGAGAACGAGGGAGAUGACGACAGCAGUCCGAUCGACAUUCCGCGGCUUUUCUUUGCCGGUGAGCAUACGAUUCGUAACUAUCCGGCCACGGUGCACGGUGCACUGCUGAGCGGACUGCGGGAAGCGGGCCGAAUUGCCGACUACUAUCUCGGAUUUCCCAACUGCUACCCGGAGGCGCCCAAGGACGAAGCGAAAAAGUGAUCCUCAUCGUUUGCAGUAGGACUCUCUUGCCGCACAAAACGCACAUAGCUACACACGCAGGAAGCAGAGCGAAAAAAGAUCUUUCAAAGGGGCGAGGUCUGUUUACCCUCUAGGAGAGAGGGAUUAGUUGAAUGGGGUUAGUCACCACCUCCAUUUUGGUAGGGGACUGGGGAGUUGAUCGACCAUUUUAUUUUCUCAAUGCACCGUAAACACACUCACAUCUUACACAUUACACACUGAAACGCGUCACCACGCAAAGACACACUCAUACGGUUCGUGUCCAACUCCCUGCUCCACUGUGGACUCCUUCUCCCGACAGGAUGACAACGAUGAAGUCGUUGAAUGGUUGUAGAAAUUGACGCACCGGCAAAUAAUAAUGUAGCAAAUAUUGGUAAAUGAUAGACACCACCUCCGAUAAGUGUUUUAUCGUACAUUGCGUGUUUCCGCGUGUUUAAUUGUGUGCCCGCAUUCUUCAGUGCACUCCGGAGUACAACGGUAUUACUAUGUUCAUUAUUUCCGUCUGCCAUGUUUAAUAAUGUAGAUAAAUAAAAAAACAUCAAAA